ACCACAUAUCUCCUGGUGCAGAAAAGAAGUUCUCCUUCUGCAAGGCAUUUGCUGGACUCCUGAAAAUUAUUUUGAAUAACAUGGCAGAGAAGGAUUUCAUCAGUUGGCAACUACUGGCUUUAUUUUUUCUUCCAUUUUGCCUGUGUCAAGAUGAAUACAUGGAGGUGAGCAGAAGAUCUUAUAAACCAGUGGCCAAAGUAUUGCAAAGUCACCACCAGACUGGCCAUAAAGGUUCCAGAAGCAGGGAAAUAUUGAAACAGCGGAGUCAACUUAUAGAGUGGACUGUUGAUAAUAGCACUUCUGCAGAUCAAAAAGUCCUGAGACCAGAGGUAGAUGAUGUAGAACUGACUACCUCAGAUAGAGUCCAGCCCCCACAAAAUGGACCACAGAAUCCAGACUGUAGUUCCUGCUGCCGUGCUGACUUUGGAGUUCGACUCUACCAGGGGCCCCCUGGACCUCCCGGCCCCCCUGGGAUGCCAGGAAAUCAUGGAAACAAUGGGAAUAAUGGAGCAACUGGCCAGGAAGGAGCCAAGGGUGAGAAGGGAGACAAAGGAGAUAUGGGACCAAGGGGAGAGCGUGGCCAUCAUGGACCCAAAGGCGAGAAGGGUUACCCUGGGAUUCCCCCAGAGCUACAGGUUGCAUUCAUGGCUUCCAUGGCUACUCACUUCAGCAACCAGAACAGUGGGAUCAUCUUCAGUAGUGUUGAAACCAACGUUGGGAAUUUUUUUGAUGUCAUGACUGGGAGAUUUGGUGCUCCAGUGAACGGGGUGUAUUUCUUCACCUUCAACAUGAUGAAACAUGAAGAUGUGGAGGAAGUCUAUGUGUACCUGAUGCAUAAUGGCAAUACAGUUUUCAGCUUAUACAGCUAUGAAUCCAAAGGGAAAGCAGACACUUCAGGAAACAGUGCAGUGCUAAAACUUGCCAAGGGAGAUGAAGUCUGGCUCAGAAUGGGAAAUGGAGCCCUCCAUGGAGACCAUCAACGUUUCUCCACAUUUGCUGGCUUUCUUCUUUUUGAAACCAAAAAAAAAAAAAAAAAAAAAAAAAAAAGAAACAACCCAAUAGAUGCUUAUCUAAGGAAACUUCUUUGGAACUGGUAUUUUUCUCUGGACUGUGGAUUAGCGUUAAGACGCUGAAAGAUCAAGAAGGCUUGUUUUGAUGCAAUGUGUUGCUACUUGUUUAUCAAAGAUGGGGUAAAUACAUUGGGUAGUUGAGACA